GGUUGCCAGCUUACAUCAAGAAAGCCAGCCCUUCUUGGAUGCCCUCUAUUCCUAUAGCUGUGGUCGUGGGAGAGGUUCUCUAUAGGGCGACCAGAUGUACGUGUUCAUGAGCCUAUAGACGCCAUGUUUGAUGUUGACGGCAUCGACAUGCCUACUUUCGGUCUGUGUUGGACUCGUCGCGAGAGACGCUUUGCUAGUGAUCAGACCAGGAAGGCAUACACAGCAUUGAACGAGCAGUUCGAUGCGUACACCGGGGUCAUCUGGCAGCCCUACACGGAAGCAGCCAUACAAGCGAGAUACCCUGCUGGUAUGUCUGUGCUAUGCACAAGGGACCGAGAUUACUGGAUGACAAAAUCUAAGAUCAUCUUCGAUGUCUUCGUCGAGGAGAUGGCACAACAGAGGGUUAUGAGGCAAUUUGGUCAUCUGCAGUUGGAGCUACCUCCCCCUAUAGAGAACCCGCUGCCAGCACACAUCCACAGGACGACAAGGAAGGGCAUGAACAGGACAACUGCUGACUGGCUAGUUAGACUAGAGCCGUAUGUUAUAGAAUGGGAGACAACAAACACAAAUCUAUGGCACGAGAAUCACAAUUUCGAUCUCGAUGAAUUCAAUCUCUAUUUGCGGCGCUACAUGACCGGAACACGGUUACGCAUUGUUGAGUACUCCCACCCAGAGGAGAUACCGGAUCCUACUCCGUCGGAUAUGUACCCGAGCUAUGAUACUUCCGGCUCUAGGCAGUACGCGGUAAGAUAUAUUUUCUUUACGUAAUGUUGUCACAUACUU